AUGGCUCCUAGGUCUCAAGCGCAAUUUAAGAUCGGACCUCCAUUUGGCCAGACCUUAUUAUUUCAAAGAGCAUACCAGUGCUCCACUAACCAAGAGAUUGUACCAACUAUAAGUGCACGCAUUGACCGAGGUUUCAAUACUAUUAAUAACCAAUGGGUGGGCUACAAGAGGAACUAUUUUACAUUGACUGCUUCAUUCCAAUUGAGCAAACUUCCUCACAAUAUAAUUGAAACAGAGCAGUUCUACGUGAUGGAUAGUACCACUAAGAAAAGAUCAUUGGUGAAGUACUUUUGGAUUAACAUUGGUGCACGAUGUCUUACGGAUAAUCACCCUGUUUAUCUCAUUCAACAUUCUGCAAAAAGAGAUAAAACAUCAAAAUUGUAUCCUCAAUCUUAUUUGGUUGUUCCUGGAAUGCUUCCACAACACGAAGUUAUAAAGCUGGUAGCUAACUUGAGAAACUCAUUGAAGAUCAAUGAGUUCAAACAUACUUUUCACUACGUCCCAACACACACACAAAUUAAUGAUUCUAGCCAGUCCACUUUAAGCACGUACCCUAAGAACCAGGAUAUCUUUGUUUGUGCCAAAUAUGAGAGGGUGCAGUUCUCUACUGCUCCCACUAGUCAGAACCAGCGGAACUCUAUGAGCAAUCGGAUGUUUGCCUUGAAUGUCUUGUUAUUCGCAGCCAUUGAAGGUGGUGAUAGCGUAUUGAUAGCGAAAUCGGAAACAGGACCACUAGUUAUUCGAGGACGUUCACCUUCGACAUACAAAGAUCGCAAGAGGGGUGAUUUUAAACCCUUAUGCUUAGAGGCAGCCAGAGUAGAGCUAAAUACAGAGAAUGAAGAAAUCAGAAAGGAACACAAACUAACUUUAGGUAUCAACAGAAAGCCAUUACCACUAGGAAAUGAAUUCAAGCCAACUGGACUUAUAGUAGAAGAAAAAUGUAUUAACAGGUUAAACAAAGGGAAAGGAGGUUUCAGUAAUAAGAGUGAUGCACUGCUUCAGAAUUCAGUAUCCAAAUUUGGAAGUCCAAACUCUAAACCGAAGAAGAUCUCAACUUCUAAAGACCUACUACCAGUUGAACUCAAGGGCCAUUCCAAACUAUAUUCGUCUCCGUCUAUAACGCAAUCCGUUCUUGGUAGAAGCCGAAAGUCCAAGAAAUCCAGACCACUGUGGUUCUAUCCUUCUAGUGACUAUGAUAACGAUAUUCUUGAAAGUGAUUGGCUUCUGGAAGCCACAUGUCCCACGUCGGAGUUAGACGACUUUAUUCAUCCUUCCUGUUAUGGUAAUUCAAAUAAUGCAGAUGAGUACCCAGUGUAUGCGAGUAAUUACUUACUGCACAACUUAAUGGAGGCAAACAAAAAUAAUAGUAGUAGCAUUGCAGUUUUCUGGGACGACAAUAUUAUGAGUUCACUAGUUUCCCGAGACGAUAACUUGUUAUCAGAGUACUUGGUAUUAUCAAGAGGUAGCAGUAAUAGUGAAUAUGGUAAAUAG